CACAAUCAACUGCUCCCACCUCUGUGUGCAUUGUGUGUUCAUUUCCAUGCACACACAGUAUCGUGCCCAUCGUAGGAUUCCGGAUUGGCUGGUCCAGGGCCCUUCUGCAGGAGCUUGCUGUGCCUGCCCUCACUUCACCAGCCAAGUUACCAGACAGGCGGGUGCCUGGGUAUUGCCACCCCAAUCAAGCAAUGUGUGUACUGUGCUUCCUGGAAGGUGCCUUUUCCUACUAAGAAAGAUGCAGACUCCAAAUGAUAAAAAGCCAGAAAAACUGGAGCCAUUUUAUAGACCUUCAGUUUCCAGACGGAAGACCAGCGCAGAGAUCAUAAAUGAAGCCCGAAGUUCAUUAAGGUCCAUUAGAACUCAAAGACCAUUUACUCCCAGAGAAGAGCAAAGAAAACUCUUUGGGUCUGCAACAUCGAGAACGCUGGAAAAUAGACCACUUUCUUCUUUUAGCCUCCAUGCUUCCAGUUUUGAGUCACCUGAUUGUAAACCAAUUUCCGGUACACGCCUCAUUCCACUAGAGCAUAAACCCAAAGUUCUUAGCUCUUCCACCAAAGAAGAGGAUGCUUCCAUUUCCUUUCCCAAACCUCCUGUGGACCCUGUGAAGAUUAGGAGAGUAAGCUGUGCUCGCGCAAGCUUGUUUAAGGCAGCAUCUCGAGGAAACAUCCUUCCAGACAGAAGAUUUCAACUCGAGGAGUCGAAGAAGAGGCUGAAUUCAGAAGAGCCAGGUAUUAGAGGGGACUCUUCAAUUAAUAAUUCUGAAAUUUGCAUAAGAGAAUUAAAUGCCCCUGCCCAUUUUAAAGGGCACAGCCUUCAACUAACUGAUGGUGUAGACCGAAACGAAACACAGAAGCAGGAUGGUGUGAGCAGGAGCGUUGCCUCAUUCUCAUCCCAUCUCAGAAGUGGAGGCAACCAGAUGAAAAAUCAAAAUCACAUUGGAGCUUCAGCAUGUCGAAGAAACAGCAACCAGAGCAAAUCAGAAACAAAACCAGGGUUGGAUUUAAGAGAAAAUGAAACAGAAGAGGAAGAAACAUACUGGAAUUCAAGGAUUUUACCCAUUUUGCGUGAAUUAGAGAUGGAGGGCAAUAUUGAAAACAUUUGUACUGCCUGCACCAGCCUCCACCAAGCAUUAGAGGAAGGAAACAUGCUUGGAAGGAGAUUUAAAAGAAGAACUAUACUCCUGAAGACUCUAUAUAAACUAGUUGACAUUGGUUCAGAUUUGCUUGACCUCAAACUUGCAAAAACUAUUUUAGCGCUUAAGGUGAGUGGAAAGAAUCUUCUCAAUGUCUGCAAACUCAUAUUUAAAAUUAGUCGAAGUGAGAAGAAUGAUUCCCUAAUCCAAAAUGAGAGCAUUUUGGAGUCUUUGUUGGAGGUCCUGAGAGUUGAAGAUCUGCUAACUAAUAUUGAGGCUUUUCUGUAUUGCAUGGGAGCUAUAAAAUUUGUUUCGGGAAAUCCAGGGCUCCUCAGCGAGAUGGUCAGCAAAGGUGCAGUUGAAAUCUUGUUGCAGUUGAUCAAGAAGAUAAAUGGUUCCCCCCAAAAAACUGGCACUUGCCUCCUCAAUGCAGACCACCUGUUAGUGCAGAUAACUGCUACUAUUCGAAACUUGGUUGAUUUGCCUCUGGUCAGAUAUAAGUUUCUGAGCAACAGUGCACUCCCCGAACUAUGUCUAGUAAUGGAACAACAUACAGGGGACAAGGAUGUCUGUACCAAUAUUGCCAGGAUAUUCAGCAAGCUGUCUUCCUACCGGGACUGCUGUGCCGCCUUGGCCACCUGCUCCACCUGCUACACCUCGUUGUUAGUUCUGCUGGAUAAAUACCCGAGGAAGCAGGAUUUAGUAGUUCGCAUCGUUUUCGUCCUCGGCAAUCUGACAGCAACAAACAACCAAGCACGUGAACAGUUUGCUAAAGAGAGAGGAUGCAUUCAAACGCUCUUGUCUUUAUUCCGCACUUACUGUGAGCUUGACCUGAAUUCCAAGAAAUGGAAUGGGGAAGGAGAGGACCCGCACAGGACACCAAAACAGCCUUCGGAGGUUGAAGACGUCCUGAUCAAAGUGCUGCGCAUCCUCGCCAACGUCUCCAUUCACCCCAACGUCGGGGCAGCCUUGGCCACUGACCAGCGCAUCGUGGCCUCGCUGCUUACCAUUCUAGAAUGCAAGUCAAUCGAUGACUGUGAAGAGCUGGUAAUCAAUGCUACGGCAGCAAUCAACAAUCUGUCUUUCUACCGAGUGAGCAAUUCCGUAAUCCGGGAUAAGAAACUGCUCAUUGCUGAAUUGCUCUUAAAGCUUCUGAUGAGCAGUAACAUGGAUGGAAUCCUGGAGGCCGUACGAGUCUUUGGCAAUCUCUCCCACUACCAUGAAAUUUGUGACUUCCUUGUGCAGAAAAACGUGUACAAAUUUGUGAUCGCGCUGCUGGAUGCUCGGCACCAAGAUGUCUGCUUUUUCGCCUGUGGGGUUCUCCUGAAUCUCACCGUAGAGAAAGACAAGCGAGUCAUCUUAAAAGAAGGGGGCGGAAUUCAAAAGUUAGUGGAUUGUUUAAGAGACUUCGGUCCUACCGACUGGCAACUGGCCUGCUUGGUAUGUAAAACCCUGUGGAAUUACAGUGAAAACAUCACAAGUGCUGCUUCGUGUUUUGGAGAGGAAGUUACAACUACGCUCCUAGCUUUGUUGUCAUCAUUUUUAGAUGAGGACCUAGCCCUGGAGCAGAGUUUGGACGGAGCUCUACGAGACCACCACAGGUUCUACUGGGAAAGAGAGUUUAAGCCUGUGGCCCAGCAGCUUCUCAGCCGCCUUCAGCGCUGCCACCCGCCCUUCCCCGAACCCAUUUCUUCCUUCUGAGGCCAGAUCGCAGUCCCCAGCCCACGGACCGACUGUGAGGACUGAGCACGAUUGGUACUUACCCUAAAUACAGAAAACUUGCAAUCCAUCAUAGGGAUUGAUGAGUCUGUUACAUACUUCUGCUGCACAAAGUUGUUUUUACAGUUAGUUUGAUAUAGAAAAAUGGGAUUUAAGAAGCUUAGAGAUUAAAGUACUGGCAAAAGUUUUAUUUCUAUUACAGUAUUUAAUUAUUUUGAUCUGGAUCUUCUGGGUUUUACUACAGUUUUAAGGCACUAGUUUCCUUAUUCAUGCUAAAUUCUAUUAAUAAAUUAUGGUGAAACAGCAUAA